UUUGUUUAUAAUCAGUGUGAAAACGUGUUAAAAAUGAAAAUGUUAAACAAAUCUUCUUAAAAUUGACUCUUUUAAAUCUUUUACAAUACUUAGUAUGUUCAUAUAUAAAACACUUGCGUAUUUAUAUUAUGAAAUUUUAGAAAUAUAUAACUAUGCCUCUUGUAAAGAUUGACUAUGUGGUGAGCUUCAGCAGUGAAGACCCGGAGAACCCGGCCAGCAACCUGCUGUUACCAGAUGUGAAGAGCAAGUGGCUCUGUAAUGUAGGAGAAUCUUCUUGCUCAGUUGUGUUGCAGUUGAAGAAUGCUUGCAAGAUUGACUCAAUAACAAUUGGUGCCUUUCAUGUCGCUCUGAUAGAAGUGUUGGUGGGCUUGUCAGAGACUCCCAAUGAACCUUUUCAGGUGCUGGUGCCGAGCUGCGUGCUGCAGGCGCCGGGCGAGGCGCGGCGCGGCGCGCGGCCCGAGGUGGUGCGCUCGUUCGGCGCGGCGCAGCUGGCGGGCGCGGCCUCGCGGCGCUGGGACCGCGUGCGCCUCGUGUGCGCGCAGCCUUACAACAAGCACUGCAAGUUCGGCCUAGCGUUCGUGCACAUCUCCAGCCCCGACGCCCGGCCCGCGCCGCUGCGGCUGGACGCCGAGGCGGGCUCGUCGGACGACGAGUUCCGGCCCGGCGAGCUGUUCGCGCGGCGCCGGCGCCCGCACGGCACAGAUGCACAAAUAAGACAGGCGUCUUCGCUAGCGCUGAAGAAUAUCGCCGACGAGUCCACCAAGCUCACCAAAACACCCAUCCGCAAAACCAGCGGCAAGCGGCUCUCGAGCUGCGACGAGCGGACGGCCGACCGCAGCAAGCAGAGCUUGCUCUACACCGCCGACGACGCGCGACCCCACGCCAAGAUCGACCGCCUCGUGCGACAGCACUACGACAGUCGCAACCGACCACACGCGGGGCCGCAGCACUGCGGGCGCGGCAGCACCAGUGCGGCCCGCGGUGACUCUCCCGAUGGGGCAGACACUGACGCUCGCGGCGACAAUGCCCCAAGUCUUGACGACUGUGAAACUAAUGAAGCAAAAGAUGCAGACAACAAUAAGCUACCUGAAAAGACAGAUACUGCUCGUGAUCCGGAAAACGCAACGGCCGGCCACAAGAAACGGAAGAGAUCUGAAGAAGCCGACCCCGAGUGCCCCGCGGGCGAGGCGCCGGCGGGCGAGGUGCUGGCGGGCGUGGUGCUGACCAUGAGCGGCUACGUGAACCCGCGCCGCGCCGCGCUGCGCGACGCGGCGCUGCGCAUGGGCGCGCGCUACCUGCGCGACUGGCGCCCCGACUGCACGCACCUCAUCUGCGCGUUCCCCGGCACGCCCAAGCUGCGCGCGCUGCGGGCGGCGGGCGCGCGCACGCGGCCCGUGCGCGCCGAGUGGCUGGAGCAGUGCGCGCGGCGGCGGCGCCGCCUGCCGUGGCGCCCGUUCGCCACCGAGCCGCAGCAGCGCCGCGCGCCGCCGACCGCCCACAGCAGCGACGGCGACACGGAUGACGAAAUAGAAAAAGCCCUCCAACAGCAGGACAAGAAACAACGACGCGGCUCGACCGCCUCCCCUCCCCGCCCCGCGCCCGCCGCCUCCCCCGCGCCAGUCGGCCUGGACGCGUCCGGCGACUCGGACGUGGCCUUCGUGUGCGACGAGCGCCUGCGCGCGCACAUCACGCUCCACUCGGACGACGACGCCACGGACGAGGACGAGCGCGCGCCCGCGUCUGAUUCCGACCACAUCAUCAAGGAGCUGCCGGCGCCGUGGGCGGGCCGCACCUUCGUGCUGUCGCGCGCCCUGCCGGCCGCGCGCGCCGCGCUGCUGGCGCGCUACGUGCGCGCGCACGCCGGCCUGGCGCUGCAGGAGGCGGAGGCGCCGCCGGACUGCGGCGUGGACUUCGUGGUGGCGGAGGCGGGCGCGGGGGCGGAGGCGGGGGCGGAGGCGGGCGCGUGGGCGGGCGCGCGGCGCGUGCGGCCCGCCUGGCUGUGGCGCGCGCUGGCCCGCCGUGUUGCCCGCUGA